GAACUGAAGAAGAGAUCUCCAUCCUUCGAUAUCCAGCGAAUGCCUUGUUGACAAGAAAAUACAUAAACAAGAUUAAGAAAAUGCUUGGUCCGCGAGGUAACUAAACUUUGAACUACUAAUUGGUACUGGAGUAAUUUAAGAUGUUAUUAUAUUUCCACACAUAAUCUGAAAAAAAAACCCUUUAAUUUUUUUUUAUUUUACAGUGUACUUUCUUCAAACACUGUACUUCUUCGUGCAUGUGAAAGUCGCACCCUAGACCGCGCCACGAGCAUACAAUACAUCCAAAUAUACAAAAGUAAAGUAACGCACGAGAGCAGAGCACGAUCAACCACCGUAGCACAGACAAAGACACGGAGGACUACUGGUACGCGCUAUACUUGAAGGCGCUGUAGACGCAUGUCUGGCGCUCGCACAGCAACCUAGCCGAUCGAGUACGAAAUGAGUACGGCAAUGCCGCUACAUACAACUCGAAUCAGAGUGUAGGAACGAAAAUGGCGAGGGAGCGACACCAAACAACAACAGGUUGUGCACACAGAGAAUUAUUGAAAGUGCGAAGCUGGUGUUACUUUAAGGGUGGCAGCAGCCAAGCAGCGCACAUGCGCGCAUACUUUAUGAGGUGCACAAGUGUGUGGACCGAACGCAAGGCUACAAAAGGAUGGCAAUACCUUGGGUUUGCAUCAUUUCUCAAACAGCUACCGUGCGGUAAACACUUGACACACUCGCCAACUCGUCGACUACGACACAAACGCUCUUGGCUCUGUCGGUGCGAAAACUUGAAAACCUAUUCGUAAAAUAAUAUAAAAGUGAAAACCUGUUCGUUACUAGUGCUUUGUGCAAACAUACAUAUAUACACUCGUGGUGCGCGUACACUUGUUCUACAACUUAAAGACGCUUAGCGCGCACUUGCAAAUCUCCGCCAAUAACAAUAUACAAUAUGGCUGUGGACGGACAACGUUUCAUGACCAAGACACAACACUAUCGUAAGGUCACAAAACCGUUAUUGGAGCGGAAGCGACGUGCACGCAUGAAUCUCUACUUGGACGAACUGAAGGAUCUCAUUGUGGACACAAUGGAAGCGCAAGGCGAACACAUCGCCAAACUGGAGAAGGCCGACAUACUCGAGCUGACCGUCAACUAUUUGCGUACACAUAAACAUGAGAUCGCCGCAAGCGUUGCACAGCAUCAAUCCGUCGGCGAUCCAGCUGGUCGCGGCAUAAAUGUGGAGAAAUUCCGCGCUGGCUAUACGCAAGCAGCCUAUGAAGUGUCGCGCGUGUUCGCUACAGUGCCGGGUUUGGAUGCAAAGUUCGGCACAAAACUCAUGAAACAUUUGGGUUAUCAAUUGAAGGAUUUGCAACAGCCAGCGGCAAUGCCAAUGACGCCUGCUAAUGAAGAGGCGCUCAAUUUGGAGGUGGUCAAACGCGCCUCCUCGGCUUCACCCACCGCUUCUGUGUCUGCUGAUGAAAAUAUGAGGCGCGCUUAUCAACAGCAACAACUACAAAUGUACGAGAAUUUGCAACGUUUGCAUGAAGACGAGCAACACGGUGAAUGCUUGUGGCGCCCCUGGUAGUGCCACUUGCAUCAUGCGACGCUUCGGUUUUUUCAAAGAGCUUUGUUUUUAGACACUCCCCAGCCAGUGGCUUUAAUAGUUUUAAGUGUUUCUAGUGUUAUAAGUAAUAUGAAAAAUAAUUUGUGAAUAAUAUUUGAUUUAUAUGUAUGUGUAUUAGUUUAAUCAUGAUCAGCUUUAUCGUUUUAAGUACAAAUUGUCUGCCUUUUUUAGAGUUGUAAUAAUGUGAUUUGCCUGUGAUAGCCGCCAACUCCACUCAGUUAGCGAUUGGUCUGUUCGUAAACCGAUCUCCAUAUAUCCCCACGUACUUCCGAGUAUAUUUAAAAAAUAAGUGUCUCAAAUAAGUUAUAUAGUUCUUUAAUAAUUAUUUAUAAGAUCAUUUAAAGCUUCCAGUUUCAUUUUUUUCAUUUAUUCAUAUUUGUAACUAUUAAGCACUUUUUCUUAUGCCUUUAUAUAAAUAUAUUCACUUUUAUCAUAUAUAUAUAUCAUUUUAUAAAUUUUAUAUCAUAGUGUUUAGCGCUUCGAAACAAUUGUAUAUUUCGCUUUGAUGAAUUAUUGGUUUAAUUGCUUUAAUAUUAUUUCAAACAAAAUGCCUUUAAUGAUAAUUUUACUAUUAUAUAUCUAGAGUUCACUGUAGACUUAAGUGCA